UGGGUUUGGUUACAGUGAACCGCGGAGCAGAGGAUCAUUUAUCUCCUUUAUUUGUUUCAUCUGUCACUCACUGUUAAGGAAGGUCUUUUGGUUCUCGCUGCGCUAAGAAUAAGAAGAAGAAGAAGAAGAAGAAGAAGAAAGAUGCCAGGAGCAAUUGUGGAGGAAGAGAAAUCUCAGAUUGAAUCCAUCAAAGAGCAAUUGAAACUCGAGAAGGAAGAUGAUGUUGUUGUGGAGGACGUGAAAGACGGAGAGGAAGAAGACGACGACGAAGACGAUGAGGACGUCGAAGGUGAAGGAGAAGGUGGAAAUGAGAAUUCAAAGCAAAGUAGAAGCGAGAAGAAAAGUCGAAAAGCUGUUCUAAAGCUUGGGAUGAAACCUGUCUCAGAUGUCAGCAGAGUGACAAUCAAAAGAACCAAGAAUGUGUUAUUUGUUAUCUCGAAGCCAGAUGUUUACAAGAGUCCCAAUGCCGACACUUACGUCAUUUUUGGAGAGGCUAAGAUUGACGAUUUGAGCUCUCAGCUACAAACUCAGGCUGCUCAGAGGUUCAAGAUGCCUGACAUGGCAUCUAUGCUACGUAAUGAUGCUUCUGUUGCUGCUAUGGCUCCACUAGCAGAGGAAGAAGACGAAGAAGAUGUUGAUGACACUGGUGUUGAAGCCAGAGACAUUGAUCUUGUUAUGACCCAAGCAGGUGUCUCUAAGGCCAAAGCCGUCAAAGCUCUAAAGGCCAGUGAUGGAGAUAUCGUUUCAGCCAUUAUGGAACUCACUACAUAGAGUUGAGUAGUAGUAGAGCUACCGCUACAACUGUCGUUUUGCUUUUGUUUCAUUGUUUCUUGUCUCAGCUACUAUUUUCUUGGAACAUUUAUUGAUUGUGUCUACUUUGAUCAAAGUAUGUUUGAUUUGGUGUCA